AUGAUGUCGGCUCACCGCGGCUGCUGUUUCCACGGUGCAACGGCAGCGUGGGGGCGGGUGGUGCGGAAUUUGGCAACGUUGACAACAGCGGCGCUGCUGCUGCUGCUGCGACAACAACAACAACAACAGCGGCUACCACCACCACCACCACUGACAACAACAGCAACAACAACAACGCUACCAGCAACAGCAACACGAUUACUGGUCCUGAAGGACAUGCGGUUGCGGCAGCAGCAGAAGCUGAUGGCGGUGCAGCAACAGCAAACACCGGGUGCAGUACGGUUCCCGCAAACAAGACCAGGUCGAAACAAAGCGGCAUGGACCUUUCGCCGUUCCGCACGCCGAUGGUGGCGGCGGUGGCGGCGCCCGUUGACGACGGUGACGAGUCGCCCGGCACCUCACUGCCGGAUUUGA